CUCCAAUAAAUAUAAUUCUGUCACGUUUAUGUUUGCUUAAAACCAUUAUUAUUGUAAAUUAUACUAUUACAUUUUGUUUGAAAUUAAAAUCUUAUUUUGCCAGUGAUGGGUUGCAGCUGGAAGGUCAUCCGCUGCGUAAAAUAUAUGCUGGAUAAGUUGGCGGUUCAUUCUGCUGUGGCGACCCCAGAUUAAUAAAGGGACUAAGCUAAAAAGAAAAUGAAUGAAUGAAAAUCUUAUAAUGAUUGUCAAAUGAUUUGUCAAAUCCUUUGAGAAUAUUUUUAAAAAUAAAGAAGACUCUAUAUUAUUUAUACUCUUUAUUAUUUAAUGUCUCUUAAAAUAAAAAGUACUAAUUUUCUUUUUUCCAUUUCUUUGCAAGUAGACUAUUAUAAAAUAGUAAAAUGCACCAUUUUCACUCAUAUCUGGACAGAAAUUUUAAGUUAAAUUAACACCAUGAACGGACCUUUGCUCAUAAAAUUAUGCAUUAUUAAAAAUUAAAUUCAUCAUAUGUACAUGACAUAUUUUGGUGACACAUUUAACGCUCGCUAGAUGUAUAAAGGAUCCCUGAUAAAUGUCCAUUGUCGAGCUCUGAUUCUGGCACACAUCUCCUGCGUCAUCAUUGCGCGCCUUUACGAGUUUCACUAAGCGGCACUUUUGUCCCAUUGAAUGGGCAAUAGAAAAAAUAGAGCGUAGAAUAGUCCAACUAACCCGUAGUUAAUUGAUUACAGCUUAUCAUCAGAAAUACAAAUAUUCCGAGAUGAUCGAUACCAUCGAAAAAGAAGACACUAUUAUUAGUGAGGAGGAAGCUGCACAAUAUGAUCGCCAGAUUCGCCUGUGGGGUCUCGAUGCUCAAAAGAGACUGAGGGGAUCACGAGUACUUCUUGUUGGUCUGCGAGGUCUUGGAGCAGAAGUAGCAAAGAAUCUUAUUUUGGCUGGAGUCAAAGGACUGACCCUCCUGGACCAUGAGCAGGUGACUGAAGAGUCCAGGCGCGCUCAGUUCUUGAUUCCUGUGGAUGCAGAUGGUCAGAACCAUGCUCAGGCCUCUCUGGAGAGAGCUCAGUUCCUCAACCCCAUGGUGGAAGUAAAGGCAGACACUGAACCAGUGGAGAGCAAACCAGAUGACUUUUUCUUUCAGUUUGAUGCGGUUUGUCUGACCAGGUGUUCCAGAGACCUCAUGGUUCGAGUAGACCAGCUGUGUGCCUCCAGGAACAUUAAGGUCUUCUGUGGUGACGUGUAUGGCUAUAAUGGGUACAUGUUCUCUGACCUCGGCCAGGAGUAUCACUAUGUAGAAGAAAAGCCCAAAGUGGUGAAAGGGUCUAAUGAAGCCAAUGAUGGUCCUGAAGCAAAGAAGCCAAAGAUCGACCCCAAUGAGACUACAAUGGUGAAAAAGACUAUCAGUUUCUGCUCUCUGAAAGAAGCUCUAGAGGUUGACUGGACUACCGAGAAAGCUAAAAGCAGCCUGAAGCGCAUUCCUGCUGACUAUUUCCUUUUGCAAGGCGCUGUCUCAGAGAGAUGCUCCGCACAGGAACUUUUUCUUCUUCGACGGCCUGAAGGGCAGCGGGGUGGUCGACUACUUCAGCUCCAAAUAAGUGGCCUCGGGAGAACACAGAGCCGUGCAUGUGGAGCUCAUCCUCUGCCAGUGGCCGCAGGCAUCAAAAUCUGUCUUUUGGACGAUACCUUUGCGUAGCUGUUUGCCACACGUCAACUAAUGCCAAGAGCAACCAGAACAUUUUGUCCACACACUCUUGAAUAUUCAUGCACACACAUUUUUUUUUCCACCAGGGUUGUGAUUUCUACUUUUUGUAUUAAAAUAAUAAAAGACCAAUGGAAAUAAAU